AUGAUGUCUCGAAAAAAAAAAAAGAAAAUCAAAAAUGAAACCCAGUUUAAUUCUUUAUUUCAUUCUUGUUCGCAAAUCAUUACCUUCACUGUCACUGUGGAGUCUCACACCCGUACCCAGGUCGUGCGUGUGCGGGAUAAAAUUUUCGAGUCUUGCUUCUAUCAAGUCCCCAUAGUUAAGCACCAACACACAUCAAAAAUGGUCAAAUUAACACAAGUCGACGACGAGACCGCUACACAGUUCGAGAAGACUGCUCCAGCAGCCCAGCAAUUCGACGACUCCGAGUCCGACUCUGAUGCCGAAUACGACGAUGACUUCGAUUUCGAGUCUGAGACAAUCUACGACCGUAUUGUCGCCUUGAAAGACAUAAUUCCUCCAAGCCAAAGAAACCAGAUCGUUGGUGCCGUUGAGAAUGUCCAGAACAUUGCUUCUCUUACUUUGUCCAAGGGUGGUUCUUUGUUGUGGGGUGUCACUGCCUCUGCCUUGUUGUUGGGUGUUCCUUUGUCUUUGGCUAUCUUGGCCGAGACUCAAUUGCAAGAGAUGGAGAAGGAGAUGUCUUUGCAGAAGUCUGCUCAGGAGGUUUUGGCUCCAGGUUCUGAGAGUGCUUUCGGUGAGAAGUCUGCUUAA